GCUUGAACGACACAUAAACUCAGUUCUUGUUCAAUUGAUUCACGCACCAGAUACCCGACUGAUUUGCUAACCGCUUUCCUGUGCUCGAAUCAUAAUUUUGUAUCAGUACUUUACAAACCAUGGCGGAAGCUUUGAAAGCCGAAGGCAACAAGCUCUUCGCAGCCAAAGACUUUGCUGGCUCGAUCGAAAAGUUCAGUCAAGCUAUUGAGCUCGAUCCUUCGAACCAUGUCCUAUACUCCAACAGAUCUGGCUCAUAUGCCUCACUAAAAGACUUCGACAAGGCACUGGAAGACGCAAACAAGACCGUUGAACUUAAGCCCGACUGGCCCAAGGGCUGGACUCGCAAAGCCGCUGCACUUCAUGGCAAGGGCGAUCUUCUAGGAGCGAACGACGCAUACGAGGAGGCUCUUAAGCUCGAUCCAAACAAUGCUCAAGCAAAGGCUGGUCUGCAGUCCGUCCAACGAGCGAUGGAAGCUGAGGCCGGUGCUGGUGGCCCCAUGGGCGGACUAGGCAACAUCUUCAACGAUCCUCAGCUGAUCCAGAAGCUGGCGAGCAACCCCAAGACGAGUGGUCUGCUUGCAGAUCAGGCGUUCAUGGCCAAGCUGAUGAAGAUACGACAAGACCCGAAGAACAUUGGCGCAGAACUCCAGGAUCCUCGUAUGCUGCAGGUCAUGAGCGUGCUGCUAGGCAUCGACAUGUCGUUCGCUGACCCAAGCAAGAUGCCCGGUGGCGCUGCUGGUGCCAGCAAGGAGGCUGAAGAAGAUGUAGAAAUGCCAGACGCUCGACCUGCUUCGCCGCCUAAACCCCAAGCAAAAGAGCCCGAAAAAGCCCCAGAACCGGAACCGGAACCAGAGCCAGAGGAUGAGGAGGCGAUCGCGAAGCGGGAGGCAAAGGCAAAGGCGGAUGAGGAGAAGAGAUUGGGCACAGGAAACUACAAGAAGCGGAAUUUUGACGAGGCCAUCGUCCACUACAGCAAAGCGUGGGAGCUUCACAAGGACAUCACGUACUUGACGAACCUUAGUGCGGCGUACUUCGAGAAGGGCGACUACGACCAGGCUAUUGAAACCUGCCAAAAAGCUAUCACGGAGGGUCGCGAAGUCUUCGCGGACUUCAAACUUAUCGCAAAGGCCUAUGGCCGCAUGGGCUCUGCCUACGAAAAGAAAGGCGAUCUUGCAAAUGCAAUUGACAAUUACCAACGCUCCCUCACUGAGCACCGCACUCCGGAAAUCCUUGCCAAACUCCGCGCAGCCGAGAAGGCCAAGAUCAAAGCGGAGAAAGAAGCUUACAUCAACCCCGAAGAAGCCGAGAAAGCUCGUGAGUUGGGCAACGAAAAAUUCAAGGCAGCAGACUGGCCUGGCGCUGUGGAAGCAUACACCGAGAUGAUCAAGCGCGCCCCUGACGAUCCUCGUGGCUACUCCAAUCGUGCAGCAUGCUUUAUCAAGCUGCUCGCGUAUCCAUCCGCAGUGCAGGACUGCGACGAGGCUAUCAAGCGUGACAAAAAGUUCAUCCGGGCUUAUCUUCGCAAGGCUCAAGCGCUCUUUGCCAUGCGUGAGUACAACAAAUGCCUCGACGUGUGCGAGGAAGCUUUGGAGAAUGACGAGGGCGGCAAGAAUGCUCGUGAGAUCCAGCAACAACAGGAGAAGGCUAUUCAAGCUCAGUUCGCUGCCCGAGAGGGAGAGACUGAAGAGGAAGCGAUGAAGCGGAUACAGAACGAUCCUGAGAUUCUGUCAAUUCUACAGGAUCCGGUUAUGCAAACGAUCCUGCAGCAAGCCAAAGGCGACCCCGCUGCUCUGCAGGAGCACAUGAAGAACCCCUCAGUAAGAAGCAAGGUCCAGAAGCUUAUUGCCGCUGGUGUGAUUCGUGUGGGUCGGUAGGAGGCUUAUUAUCUCGGCUGUGCGAAAUAAUCAUGCGUCUGUGUGGGGUACCCCAGAUUUCUAUGGAUUGCUCGAGGCCGUUCCAGGUUCUCCUCCGGUCCGUUGGGCUUCUCCCUGAAAAUCUGGGGUAGCGCGUAGUCUGGAGGCGUUCUCCCUGAAAAGAAUUUCGUGUUUGGCAACGACACGGUGAUCAAUUACGCCACUCGCUUGCGAGUCUUUUCGCAAGUUUUUCUGGAACAGGCGAGAGAUUACGAUCGAUUUCAAGCAUAUCGAAUAAAAGGUGUUCCACUUUAUUUUGUUUCUAAUGGUUCUAACUUUUACAGUACCCGUACAGCCCACAAGUACAGAUCAAUAAACGAAUGCAACUUGGAUCGUGUAGAUACAAUGCCAAAACUCAGCACAUUGACUUCUGUUGAGCAAACGGUCACGAGACACGAUAUGAAGAGGCCCUGCUUGAUGUUCUCGAGCCUUUGCGUCCUCCCCGUGCAUUUGUAUUGUAGCUCUUCGCGCCUUCUGAGGCGCGUAGCUCAUCUGUUGCAGUCCCCACGAAUGGUGAAUCAGCCUUCUUCAUUGAACCUCCAUCAGUGGCCCUAUCAGCGUCCAUAGGUGCCUUGUGGGAAGUGCCCUGUUGAAUCU